UGGGUGUGCUGUUGUGUCGCGAAGUACGUACACCUGCUGAGACGGAACAACAAGCUUGUUGGCGUGGAAUUGGGAAAAGGCUUUAGGAAAAGUGCCGUGUAUACUUUUCUUUGCUUCGGGAUUUGUAUCACAAUCAAUUAGAUUCCCGUCGCGGCUGUUUUCACCGAGUUGAAUGAGUUCCGUCAGACCUGUCAAUAGUUAAACGAGGAAGUGCGCGCUUGACUCAUCGGUGUCGUCGCGCGGGCCGUGUGUCUAGUGUCUACUAUGGCUACAUGUCGCAUAUUGAUCUUUCUUUAAGCACUGAUGUAUACAAUGCAUUUAUUAUUUUAGGCACCCUACGAUGGUCAGAGUUAAGUGACGUUUAGGAUAAAGUGAUUUGAGUUUGAUCGCACUGAACUUCUCACAGGUGUUGACAGUAUCAAGAUGAAUGAGUCCAGAACUACUACAGCUACUUUCAGCACUCUGUCAGUGGGUUCAGAUAAAAACAUGGAUAAUUCAGUCCCUUUGUCAUCAUACUCAAUCCUGUCAAAUAUAACUGGCAUGUCUAACAUGACCGUGAUCAGGACAAGUAAUGGAACUGAAGUAGUGGGGGACGACAAGAUCUUCCUCAACACCCCCAUUGCUCAAGCCUUGUCCGGCAUUUUCGUUUGGUCCGCACUCAUCAUCACCUGUCAUCAGAUAUACUUGCACCUGAGGUCAUACACGGUGCCAAACGAGCAGCGCUACAUCAUCCGCAUCCUCUUCAUUGUCCCCAUCUAUUCUUUCGACUCCUGGCUCAGCUUGCUGUUCAUCACUAAUGACCAGUAUUAUGUGUAUUUCGACUCUGUUCGUGACUGCUAUGAAGCAUUUGUGAUAUACAACUUCCUGAGUCUGUCUUUUGAGUACCUCGGGGGAGAAAGUGCCAUCAUGUCGGAAAUAAGAGGAAAACCCAUUCAGUCCAGUUGCCUAUACGGGACAUGCUGUUUAGGAGGAAUUAGUUACUCCAUUGGCUUCCUGAGAUUCUGCAAGCAGGCCACACUUCAGUUCUGUGUCAUCAAGCCCAUCAUGGCUGUCAUCACCAUCCUUCUGCAGGCUUUUGGCAAAUACCACGAUGGAGAUUUUAAUAUAACGGGAGGUUAUCUGUACAUCACCAUCAUUUACAACAUCUCUGUCAGUUUGGCACUCUAUGCCCUCUUCCUCUUCUUCUUCGCCACCAGUGACCUUCUAAGACCUUUUGAGCCUGUGCUCAAAUUCCUCACCAUCAAAUCCGUCAUCUUCCUCUCAUUCUGGCAAGGUAUGUUAUUGGCCAUUCUGGAGCGUUGUGGUGUGAUUCCAGAAGCUCUGGUCAUUGAUGGUCAUGAGGUCGGUGCUGGUACAGUGGCAGCUGGUUGGCAGAACUUCAUCAUCUGCAUCGAAAUGUUCUUCGGCGCCAUCGCCCUCCGCUACGCCUUCACCUCCAGUGUGUACCGCGAGAAGAAGAGUGAAACACCAGAGAAUGUAGCACCUAUGCACAGCAUAUCCAGUGGCCUGAAGGAGACCAUGAACCCUGGAGACAUGGUUCAGGACGCAAUCCACAACUUCUCCCCGGCCUACCAACAGUACACCCAGCAGUCCACCCAGGAAGUGGUGCAACCCAACGUGAAUGGCAAACCAGGGAUCAGCACCACCAAGAGUGCUAAGAAAUCUGACAAAGUGAUGCUGAUCGACACGGAUGAUGAGUUCUAGUGCCCCAUCUGUCCUGAUCUUUCUAUUUAUUUAAUCCGGAACUAAAUUGACUCUUUCUAACUUUAAUGAGGAGACUAAUCAUGUAAAUCAGCUCAUGAUUU